GGUGUUGAAAAUACACUUGGGGCUCAAAAUAACGCAUUUGUUAAAUCAGCUUUAUCGGGUCUAGGCUCAAUUCAACAUGGACUAUCAGGGCAGCAAGAUGCAGGGUUUAAUGGACUAAGUAGUCAUAAUUUGCAAGGAUUAGGAGGCUUAGGAGCAAACGAACCAAGUCAAUUCGGUAUGCCAAAUGGAUUAGCAGAUUUAAGUUCAGGAAACGUGGAAAAUAAUAACGGUCUUGGACCUGGAAUACCCGAUUCAAUAGGAGGAGCAAUGAACCUGCCCAGCUCUCAAUCUGCGCGUGACGAGAGUUUUACAAAUGAAAAUCCAAAUAUGAACAUUGGAGGUCUACAAGGUAACAGUGGUUUUGGGGAUGAAAACGGACAUGGUUCAGAUGAUGGAGCUUCAAUGAACUUUCAGCGAUCAUUGUUUCCAAACAAUCCAUUUGUUGAAGCAAAUCAUUACUUCUAUGAUGUAGAAAAAAAUAAUUUAGACGACUCAACAGAACGAGACGUUAAAUCGACAAUCCUUCGUGACGAGGAUGAUACGGACGACAGCGACUAUCAUGUACGUGUACAUAAAGACGAAAUUCCUAGGCCAGAGAAUUUUGGAUACUAACAUGCUACAAAAUAGGAAGGAGAUUCAUUUACUAACCGAACAUCAAAUGAAUCGAAUUUCGACUGCAACCACGUAACUGUGCAACCAUGCAUUUGGCGUCAAAAUAAGAUGUCAUACAGAGUUUUAACCUAAGAGGAUGCAGAAAAAACAAAACAUUUUUUUUAGGAUUUAAAUAAAAAUGUUAAAAUUAGCGAUAUUAAUUUCUUUUUCUAGAAGAAACAAAUCUACGUGU